GAUUUACUAUGUGUAAAUAAACCGCCUAUUCGAUAUGUGUUGCUGCAGCUAUCGGUGCGCUUUAGUAUUUUGUUGGUAUUAUUUACGCUUGUUUGCUUUUCGAUAACAUUAGCUCAGCUGUUGUCUUUGUUGUGUAUUGCAUUAUUUGAUGAAAAUUGUUGAAUUUCUAAAAAAUUCUUCGAAACUAAAGAGCUAACAUGAUUUUUGGUAUAACAAUUUGAUCAAAAUUAUGCUUCUGUAAUGCUAGAAAACAUUUCGUUGUGUGUCAUCAGAAUCGAGAUCGAUUUGGAAGCCAACUCAGAGACCGAAGGCGCAGUGUCCACAGAACAUCCAACGAAUCCGCGUGUACAAAAGGAACGUGAACGAGAUCGCGGACUGCGCCAGGCCCGCGAAAUAAUAAUAGAAACCUACAGUAAUCAGCGUUGGCAGCGUGAGCUAAGCGCCAACAGAGAGUGCAAAAUGAACUGGGCUGCUGCAGUGCAGCAGCAGGAAGGUGGAGCUGGAAGCUCGCGCGAGACAACACCACGUAGUGGCGAUGAAUUGAUUGGCGCAGCUGCCUCCAAGUUUCCGCUUGAAAUCGGUUACUUCUCAGGCAAUCCUGUGGUGGAGCUAACAAAGGGCAUUAUUCAUUUGUAUAAAAAGAACGAGCGUAAAGCUAUCAAAGAGGCUCCUUCAAAUAAGCUGUGUUUGCUGGCUGUGCCAGCUACGCUUGAUUGCCAUGACUUGCUUAACUUUAUAGCACCUUGUCAUGCUGAAAUAAAACAUGUUCGCAUUGUGCGGGAUGGCAGUCCAAAUCAAUUCAUGGUAUUGCUAGAAUUUCGCUCGAAUGAAUCGGCGCUGGAGUUUUAUAAAUCUUACAAUGGAAUCGCAUACAAUUCCCUUGAGCCGGACACUGUGUGCCAUGCUGUAUGGGUGUCAGCAGUAGAGCGUGGUGAGAAUGGCAUCCCACCGCUAGGGCAUACCGAGCUGCCCACUUGUCCUGUUUGCCUGGAGCGCAUGGACGAGAGCGUUGAUGGUGUCUUAACCAUUUUAUGCAAUCAUGCCUUUCAUGCCAGCUGCCUGAUGAAUUGGGGUGACUCUACCUGUCCCGUAUGUCGUCAUGUUCAGACACCAGAAUUAGUCGAGGAUUCAGUAUGCAUGGAAUGCGAGGGCACAGAUUCGCUAUGGAUUUGUUUGAUCUGCGGUCAUGUGGGCUGCGGUCGUUACCAAGGCGGCCAUGCAGCUGCUCAUUAUCGCGCUACCAAUCAUACUUUUGCCAUGCAACUGGGCACUUCAAGUGUUUGGGAUUAUGCCGGAGACAAUUUUGUGCAUCGCUUGUUUCAAAAUAAAUCCGAUGGCAAGUUGGUUGCUUCACAGACUGAAAAAGAUGAGCGAGAGGAAAAAAUCGACUCUAUGCAAAUGGAAUUUACAUAUUUGUUAACCUCUCAGCUGGAUACACAACGUAAGUUUUAUGAAGAGCGUUUGGAGAAAAUGGAACAGGAAUGGCGGAGCUUCAAAGUCAGUGCUGCAGAGACUAAGACAGAGGUAGAUGAGCUGCAGCAGCUACACCAAAAUGCGCUCAAAGAAAAACAAACCUUGGAGCGCAAACUAGUGCAACACGCAAACAAGCUCAAAGAAGUACAGAAGCAGCUGACUGAUGAACGUGAACUGUCCAAGGCUAUACAGACCACUCAGAGCAGCUGGCACAAGAAAUUCAAGGAUCUGGAAUUACAGUAUAACGAGUUUAAGACUAAUCAUGAUAAGGAGGUCACUGAUCUUAAGGAGCAGCUUCGCGAUGUCAUGUUCUUUUUGGACACGCAAGAGAAAAUGGCCGGUACCGAAGUAUCUGGCGCCUCAAUCACCGGCGUUAGUAAUAAGGAUCCUACCAGCAGUUCACGCCGUAAUCGACGCAAAGCCAGAGAAUAAAACAUUAAGUCUGUUGCAUUAAGAACCUAAGCACUUACAAAAAUACUUUUGAAGUAACAUUUUAAAAUAAAUCGAUAUAUAUGUAUGUAGCAUCCUUUUUGUAUUAUUCGAUUCUCAG